AUGGGCAUUAAAGCGAGCAAGCUGAUUGGGGUUGGAAAACGGCUAAAACUGGGAGGAGGUGCCGUUAUGACACCAAGAGGUUAUGUUCCUGUUGCCGUUGGAAUAAACCUUAAUGAAUCAAAGCGGUUUAUGGUACAUACAACGGCUCUCUACGAUGCUGAAUUUUUGGAGAUGUUGUCACGAUCUGCCGAAGAAUAUGGAUUUCACAAUCAAGGUAUUUUGAGAAUUCCUUAUGAGACUAAAGCUUUUGAGGAACGUAUGUUUAAUGUCGUCGCUACUUGUGUUGGUGGGAGCAAUCGAGUUAGUCCAAAAAUCAGGGGAUUGGAAUAA